CUUAUGUAGUACUCAGGCUGUACCAGGCACUGUUCUAAGUUCCUUUCCAUGUAUUCAUUUGAUCUGCACACCAACUCUCUGCGGUGGAUACAGUUCUUAUCAACCUCAAUUUAUAGAGGAGAAAACAGGCACAGAGAGUUUGAGUGACUUUUCCAAGGUCACACAGGAAGUAGUGCAUCAUGGGUUUGUACCCGGGGCAUCUGGCUUCAGAAUCUGCACUCUUAACCAUCUGUAAGCCUCCCUUUCAGGUGAGGGAGCUUACUUCGGGGCCCCCUUUCAGGAUAGUAAGGGGGCUUUCCAAGAAAUUUCUUAUAAAAAAGGGGGUGUAGAUGUGAUGGGCGGAGAAGCCAGCACACAUUAGGAACACAGUACAGGGAAGUGGGAUUGAAUUGAGAAGGGUGCAUGUGGAUGUACUCCCCCGCUGUCCCCCUUCACCCCAUGUUCUAUCAUUAUGGCCCUAAUGUGUGGCCGUGACCCAGGCCCGGGAGGGGCACAGGGGCAGAGAGCGGGGAACGGACAGGCUAGAGUCAGCCCAGGUGAGACCCUCGUGCCCCCACCAGCCCCGGCUCCAAGGACUCUUUAUGCCCAGACCCUGCCCCCUUCCCCCUCCUCCCUGAGGGGCAGGGAUCUCCUCUGUGGAAAAACACCCAGCUGGGCGAGCUCCAGUGGAGAGAGGGUGAGGGGGGCCAGGACUCACAGACCCAAACCCUCUCCGCUCGCGUGACUCGUGUUUACUGGGCCGGGUUCUGGAAAAGGGCCAGAUUGCAUCAGACAGGGCCUGAGGGACCACAGCCAGACCAGGCUGAGGCAGAGACACGGCCUUAAAAACUGGGAGGCGAGAGGCACCUGAGAGGGGAGCCAGACAUAGGCAGACCAAGCUCUAGAAGACGACGAGAGAGGAGAGGGUCAGUGGACAUGACGGCCGCCUUCCCACCAGGAGCCAGCCCCUCCCGGCAGCCCUCAGGCCCCGAGGAGGACGAGCCCGGCCUGGAUGAGUACGACCUCCACAGCCUGAGCCAUCGCCACCUGGGACGGGGAGGCCGGAAAGGUCGCACCAAGAGAGAAGCCGCCGCCAACACCAACCGCCCCAGCCCUGGUGGGCACGAGAGGAAACUGGUGACCAAGCUCCAGAAUGCAGAGCGGAAGAAGCGAGGGGCACGACCCUGAGGCCCAGCUGGAGAUGACGCCAGAGCACGGACCCCACAACCCCAGCAAUGGAGACAGGACCGCGGAGACCGGACCACGGAGGAAUUAGGACCUGGGGGCAGGACCCAGGCCUGCUUUUCCCCCUCCUCACCCCCAGAACUCACCCCACCUGACCAAAGCUCUCAGGGCCACCAAGGGAGCACCCCAGCCCCCAGAAAAAUGGCAAGAUGAGGAGCAAAAGGCAGGGAAUGGCAAGGUGGUGUCAGGGAGGGGGUCCCCCCCCCCCAAAGGGAAAGACGCCUAAGAAACCAGAGCUCCCCCAGAGCAGCGGUGACAAUAAAGAGACCAAGUACGGCAGCUACA